AUGGCCAAAGCGUUGAUAUUCGUCUACAUCAUCGUCGCGGCGGUGCUGCUCUUGUUCCUCUCCCAUUCCCCCAAGAAGCUCUCCGGCCACCGCCACCGCCGCCUCAAGCUCCGCUCCAACUUCACCCUGGCCCCGUCGCGCCACCACGCCGUGGCCUUCGACCCCCUGGUGGCGGAGCUGGAGCGGCACCGGGAGGACAAGGAGUGGGAGAAGCAGAUAAUCCACCAGAACCACCUCGAACUGGACCCGGACCGGGCCCCGGCCCACGAGUCCCAGCCCGAGUGGGAGGACUUCAUGGACGCCGAGGAUUACCUGAAUGACGAGGACAAGUUUAAUGUCACCAACAGGUUGAUACUCUUGUUCCCCAAGAUCGACGUGGACCCCACCGAUCGGUUCGUCACCGAGCACGAGUUGACUCAGUGGAACCUCCAACAGGCACAGCGUGAGGUCCUGCAUCGCACCCAGAGGGAGAUGGAGCUUCACGACAAGAACCACGAUGGCUUUGUUUCCUUCUCCGAGUACGACCCUCCCAGUUGGGUUCAAAACGCAGGCGUGUCCCUUUUUCACACUCUUUAA